AUGAACUACCGAUGUCGAGCCCUCCGUUUGGGCCACUAUGUCGUGCCUCCACCUUCACCGCGCCCCGCUCGCCUCACCCGCGGUCCCCUCCAUCUUGAGCCACUGCACUACCUCGACGACCUCCUCCCUAAUCCCUUUUAUGUUUGGAGUUGCAUUAGGGAUUACGAGGACUUGUGGCUAAACCUGCUGCUAGUAUACUUGAAGUUACGGGAAAACCGCACUCGGUAUUAG